GACUGCAACCUAUGAAAACCAAGCUUGUUCUCUUCAUUAUUCUGCUCUCUCUAUGCACCAACUUAUUAGCUGCUCUCAGCAGACAUGAGGAGCAGGAAGAAGAAGACCCUGAGCUCACAACAUGCAUGCACCAGUGUGGCCACCAGCAACAGUAUUCCAAGAGUGACAAGCAAGCAUGCAUUCGCAGUUGCCAGAGGUACCAUCAAAUGAAGAAAGAGCGAGAAGAAGAAGAGGGAACCACGAUGGAGACUCAGAAUCCUUAUGUGUUUGAUAUUGAAGAUUUUAGGACCAGGUUGGAAACACAAGACGGAAGAGUUCGGGUUUUGAACAAGUUCAGUAGAAGAUCCAAGAUCCUCAAAGGCAUUAGCAAUUAUGUUUUGGUCACUAUGGAAGCUAAGGGACACACUUUCACCUCUCCAACUUACUUUGAUUCCGAUGCCGUUAUCUUUGUACUCAAAGGGAGAGCGGUAAUUGGGUUGGUGAGAGAAGACAAAACGGAUAGGUUCAACCUUGAAGAUGGAGACAUGAUGAGGGUAGCAGCAGGCACACUAGUCUAUUUCGUUAACAAAAAUGAGAAUCAGAACCUUGUCCUUGCCAAUCUCUUUAUACCUCUCACUACACCUGGAGACUAUAAGGCAUUUAACCCGGAACUAUUUCUCACAGCAUUCAGUAUGGACAAACUUGAAGCUGCACUCCAGACUCCAAGGGAGAAGAUAAGGGGGGUUUUCCAUGAAGAAUUAGAGGGAACCAUAUUCAAGAUAGCAAGGGAGGAAGUGGAAGCAUUGAGCAAGGUUAAGGAAGGGUUUUGGCCCUUUAGCACCCAAUCGGGUGGUCCCUUCAAUCUUUUGGGAACCCGUCCCUACAUCUCCAACCAAUAUGGCCGCCUCUACCAAUCCUCUCUUGAUAAGCCUUUCGAGCUCAAUGAACUCAACCUCGUCCUCAGUUUCUCCAACAUCACCCGGGGUUCAAUGACUGCUCCGUCUUACGUAACGAGGGCAACAAAAAUAUGCAUUGUGGGAGAGGGGAAAGGGUAUGUGGAGAUAGUGUGUCCACACUACGUGUCUUCUUCACGCUACUCUGGAGGAAGAGGAGGAGGAGCAAAGGAUAAGGCUUUAUACCAGAGGUUGAGUUCGGAGCUGAGAGAAGGAAUGGUGUUUGUGGUUCCAGCGGGGCAUCCAUUCUUGGUUGGAGCUGGGAAGGAAGAUGAUCUUCACAUAGUGUGUUACGAGGUAAAUGCGAGAGGGAACAAGAUUCAUGCUCUUGCGGGGAAAAAUAACGUCAUGAGUGCAAUGGACAAAGAUGCCAAGCAACUCACUUUCAUGCAGCCGGCGGAGAAGGUUGAUGAGAUUUUCAGCAGACCAGAGACUUUCUUCUUCCCUGGCCCUCAGCAUGACGACUAUUAUGACCACUGAUCUGGUGCCACAGCUUAUGCGUGAAUAUAUAUAUAUGCGCAUGGUGUGUGUAUGUGUAGAAACCGAGACCGUAAU